UAUACUUCAAUUACUAGCAUAAUUUUCGAACAAAAAUCUAUAUACGUAACAACACAGGAAUCUAACCGACCAAACUCGGCUGUGUAAACAUGUCUCUAGCUAAGCACUCAAGUUUAUUAGGACAGUCACUGGUAAGAAGGUGGGUGCAAUCACCAGCAUGGAGUGCUUGCUUGAUCCACACGUCCGCCAGCCUGGAAGCAGCCAGGAAAGGAACAAGAGCCAAGGCAGAAGCCAAGAAAAAGUCUGCCAAGAAGGAGGAAAUAAAACGUGAAUUCAUUCCCCUUAAAAAGCGACUGGAGAUGCAGCAGACUGGGGGAAGGUCUCCUCGCCGUGUAGAGGACCAUUUACCAGAACCCUCUGAUAAUGUUUGGUUCACAAAGUACUACAAGUGGAAGGUAUACAGUGUAUGUGAUGCUAUUGCCAUGCACAGAGAAACACACCAUCCUUCACAGAUAGGGUUUCCAGAUGCUCUUGUCAAUGCUUAUAUUGAACUUUCUUUAUCUGCAGAUAAAAAGAAUCGUUACCUUGACAACUUCUUCAAUGUGGUUCGGCUCCCUCAUGACUUUGACGCAGAGCAGAGUCGAUCCCUGAUUGUGAUAUCCAAAAAUGAGGAGAUGAUCAACUAUGCCAGAGAAGCCGGUGUGUCUCUCGCCAUCGGCCCAGAGAUUGUUAAGCUUGUGCAG